AUGCACUUCCCUAUUCUUCCCAUCAUCAUCACACUGGCUGGAAGCGCCAUCGCAGCGCCUCAUCUUCCCAAGAGACAAAAUCCUUGCUUUGUGACUGGCUCCGAAGCUCUCCCCGAUGAAGUUUCGACACAGGCCACGAAUCUGGCCUCAGUCAUCACCUGCGACAAUUCGAAAACAACCAUCGAUGGUGUCCCAGAUGUGAGCUCUGGCGGUGUGACCUUUUCUUCCAUCAACUUUGCCGAAUCAGGCCAAAGUCCUCUGGCUUUCGCUCUCGACAAGUUUGCAACCACAUCACCCCUGGCCAACAACAACCUGGAUACGUUCCAGAAUGAGCUCAAUGUUUACCUCGCAACUGAGGCUGGUAUCAGAUCAACUGGUGGAAGUCUUGCGAUCAAGGUUCCCAAGUUCUUCUUGCAGUUCCAGAUGGCUCGUAUCCAACAGGCACAGGGUACUGUGUCUGACAUCCCUGGCCAGACCGUUGACCACCAGCUGGAAAAGGUGCUCAAGAAUGCAGCUGGAGAGGACCAGGCUCUUCUAGACCAAGUGAACGAAUUGGCUGUGAACUUGAACUAA